UAAUCAGGAUAGGACCCAGGGCACAUGCAAGAAAUGUACAAGUGAGGCUUUUGGGUGACUGAUUUUGGUCAGAAGAGCCCAGUUUAGCUAGAGCGAGUGAAAACCCCUUUUGUGUUGUUAAAACAUCAUUCAGCUUCCCAUAGAAUUUAGCUGCAGUGAGGCUAACCUGUACUUAUUGGGAAAUGUUUCUCCCCUUUCUCUUUUACAUUGUGAAAAUGUCUUGAACCAAUUUACAUGUAACCAUGGAGGCCCAGUUGCUGUCCAGUUCAGACAUAUCAUAAUGUAAAAGCUUCUGUUAAUCUCUGGGUGCUUGUUUAAUGGGUGGUGUACUGAGUAUAUUCUAAUUAUGCCAUAAAUAUUCCUUCAGAACUAACCUGUAUGGAAUUUUAUUCUUUAUCAUGGUGAGUGUUCAGCAAUGUGAACUUCCUGCCUGGCUGCAAAGGAAGAAAACAGCCUGUGGAUUGUCAGCGUACUGCUGAGGUUUUAUGGUACUCAUCUGAGUGUUUCCUCUGUUUUCAGUCACCAAAAAUGGUUAGAUCUUUAACUCUCAGAUUCCUGGAUAUCAUUGUUCUUGAUUAUAAGUGUGGAAGGGAGCUUAACAAGAGGUUUUCCCCUUCCAACAAUUAAAAAAAGUACUGCAAGACGCUGUCAAAGAUGGAUCAAUUAAAAACUUUGACUAUUAUACCUGUGAUCCUCUGUAUUCGGUUGUAAAAAUUACAGUUUGAAAACAUCUGGAUCCUUUUCUUUAAAAAAAGGUUUAUAAAAUAUAAAUCAACAUGUGUCGGAUGUUCAGUACCAUCUGUGUUUAAGGUGAAAAUGAACCAAUCCUCAGGAAAACAUUUAUAACACAGUUAUUAGAAUAUCUGCACCUCUGAAGGCAUACUCACAAUCAAUAGUGGGAGUGCUCUAGGAGUGGGCAGAAUUAUAUUUGUUACAAAUAUCUGGGCGUAGGCACUCCUAUGCAACUAAAGGGAUUUCCAUCCAGUUGUGUGUGUAACAUGUUAUAUCACAUCAAUUAUGAUGUAAUGCUUAGUUGUUACACAUUGACAGCUUUAGGUAAGAAAACUAUUUUGAAAUAGGAUUUUAAUCUGAUAAUGUUCCUUAAAAUAUACAUCAAAAAUACUGUGUAUAAUACUUAUUUACAUCUUCAAAGUAUAUUACAAAGAUAACUAAUCCUCAUAAAUAUUCCUGCAGGAUAAAUAGGUAUCACUAUUUUACAGAUGAAGAAACUGAGGCAGAGAGAUCAUGGUUCUUCCAAGCCAGUGAGACAGCCAGCAUCAAAGCUAGAAUUAGAUAGAUUUGUGCUUAGACCACAAAUCUAUAUGCAUCAUGGCCAAAGGAAGGCUACUGCAGGUAAUGGGCCCCAUCAUGACCGCUGCUGUGUCUACAAUGAAAGCAACUUGGUAGAUGGAGUUUAUUGCCUGCCAAUAGGACACUGGAUCGAAGUCUCUGGACACACUGAUGAGAUGAAACACACAACUGACUUCUAUUUUAAUAUUGCUGGCCAUCAAGCCAUUCACUAUUCCAGGAUUCUGCCAAACAUCUGGCUGGGAAGUUGCCCUCGGCACGUGGAGCAUGUGACCAUCAAGCUAAAACACGAAUUGGGUGUUACGGCUGUAAUGAACUUCCAGACCGAGUGGGAUGUUGUUCAGAAUUCCUGGGGCUGUAACCGCUAUCCAGAACCCAUGAGCCCAGAGGUGCUUAUGAAACUGUAUAAAGAGGAAGGUCUCGCUUAUGUCUGGAUGCCAACCCCAGACAUGAGCACUGAAGGAAGAAUACAGAUGUUGCCUCAGGCUGUCUGUCUCCUGCACGGGCUGCUAGAGAAUGGACACAUCGUCUACGUGCAUUGCAAUGCUGGUGUGGGCAGGUCCACAGCCGCCAUCUGUGGCUGGUUAAAGUAUGUGAUGGGAUGGAACCUGAGGAAAGUGCAGUACUUUGUGGCCUCCAGGAGACCAGCUGUCUACAUAGAUGAGGAAGCUCUGGUUCGUGCCGAAGAUGAUUUCUAUCAGAAAUUUGGACCGCUUCGCUGCUCAUGCAGACCUUAGUGGUUGAAAAGCUGAUUGGAGGAGGGGAGAGAUUCAUCACAGAGUUGCCAACCCCAAGCAUUCAAAAUUCAUAAGUCAGGCCCCCCAAAUUCGUGUGUGAGUGAGAGAGAGAGUGUGUGGGAAAUCAUGAGAUUUAAAAACAAUAAUUAGUUUAGUCGAUUUUUAUUUGCCUUCUGUUUUUUAGCCUUUGGGGUUGUUAUUUUCAAACUUUUCUCUGCAACCAGGAGGGCUAGGAACUUACUUUGCAAAGUGAAAGGUGAGAUUCUCAUGUACUCAUGUGACUGCAGGAGCUGGGACAAAUAUCACAAGAUACAGCCGUGCGAGAUGGCAAGACUGUGGUAAGAAGAAGGUGGAGCAAUUCAGAAGUGCUAUAUAAAGAAAUAAAAGUCAGUGGUGUGGUUUUUGGUUUUUUUCUGGCUUCGGUAGUCAGGGUUGUUUGACCAUUUCAGGUAGAGCCUUCUGUUUUGGUGUGUUUACAAAGAUGUUUAUAAUGAAAUGGUCUGACUGAGAAAAAGAAGAAGGAAAUUGAUUUUUGCAGUUCUGUUUUUGUAACAAACAGCAAGUUAAAUUCAAUUAAUUAGGCAAGAGCUGCCCUUUCUCUCUCAUUUAGGUUUAUAGUUAAUGUCAUUUAGUAAAAUUUACUGCUGUACUUUGUUAUGGUGCUGAGUGUACUCUAGAGGCUGCGCAUAAAGGUGGGGAAAAGUUCCACUUAUGCAUAUUUAAUCUACUGCAAGGCAGAACUCCUGGUUUAUUAGAUUAUCCUAGAUUGUAAGAUUUCUGGUGCAGGAACUGUUUUUCUUUUCCUUGUCUGUACAGUGCCUAACACUGCCACAAUCCUUGAUUAGGGCCUCUUGGUGCCUCGGGAAGAUAAAUAACAAUAAAGAAAAUUGAGUUAAAGCAGAAGAUAUGGGAGCUGGCCUGGUGAGCCUAUAUGCAGGCUCUUGCCCGGUUUAGGUGCAAGUGUCCAUCUCAUUCCCCAAUUUGGCGUUGCCUGGAAGUUCUGCAAUACCAGCUGUCUCUUGCUCCUGUGGAAGACAAGUGCUUCCAUUGCUGCUCAGACAUUGCUGUCCCAUUAGCUAAAACUGGGAAGGACACCACUAGGCUCCAGAGUCCAAACAUGCCCCACUCAGCCGAAAAUAGGUGCUGCAACUCAUGACCUAGAGGGGAGGAAGUGGAGAAAUUCCUCCACGGAGGGUCUGAUUGGGUGGGAGAGUCGCUUGUUGAGGACACAAAAAUUAAGAAACUAAUUUCUAGAGGCAGAUGGCUGAGCUAAAUCCCUUUUCCAGUUAUUUUUAGAAAAACGAUUUGUCUAUAUAGAGAUUUAUUCCAUGAUAAAGAGGUGUUGAGAGACACAUGUGACCUUAAUUAUAAGGAAAUCCUACUACUGGAGACUUGUUAGCGAUCUCACUGUUACAAUAUGCUGGGCACUGUUCACGGAGAAUGUCCAUCAGAAUAUAUUUUGCUUUAUCUUCUACCCCUCAGAUGCCCUCAGAUGUGAAGAAGCCACUGGAAGUUAUUUUAAAUGUAUGUAUUUGAUCAUCACUUUAUUUCAGAUUUCUGUUUUGAAAUAAUGUAUGUCACCAGUUAGAUAUGGGAUGAAACUAUAGCCCGAUGUUAAAUAAAAGCCUUAUGACACUUCCAUAA